UAGUUUGUAUAUACCAACUUAUAUACGAAUGCUUACAUGUAUUUUAUAUAUGUAGAACAAAAUUUGCACAGGUUUGAAGAUUUGCGGUGAAUAAAUUCAAUUACUUUAAUUUUGUAAUGUUUGUGAAGAUAAAGUUGGAGGAUCAGGGAAAUGAGAAGGCACCUCACAUUUUUAGCAUAGAAGACACCGCCUCAGUCUAUGAUUUAAAGACCCAUUUGGAAUCCUUUGUAGACAUACCGGCAGAUAAACAGGAAAUUCAAACACUGGAUCGCACAUUGACCAACUUUGAUGAGCUCUCUAAGGUCGUUAAUCAGGAAAUUGGCGGCGAUAAUAUUAAUGGAGCGGCCAUUUCUCUUUAUACGAACAACCAGUUUUUCUGCUUCUUGCAGUUCUAUAGCCAGAACGAAGGAGAUAAACAGAACAACUUCUUCAGCCAACCGUCAAAUGCUAGAAAUUUGCCCAUCGAUCAUGUACCUCAGUAUUGUGAGAAUAUAAUUGACUCGGAUAAUUCUUGGCAUUCGACAACAUCCGAAUCAGAUUCGACAGAUAACAGCAACAGUAGCAACUCCUCAGAAUCAAGCGAGGAUACGAGAAAUCGUAAACGCAAGUCGAUUCUAAAGAACGAUUCUCCUCCAAAAAGAGGCCCUUUAACAGAGCAAACCGAUAGAAGUUGUGAACCUACAUCUACUACAGCUACUCCGAUGAGUCAGGCGAAGCCAACCCAAGACAAAAUACCUGUUGUGCCAGAAAUACCCGCAGUUGCACCUUCAGUGACUGCCCCAAACAACACUGCAGACAGGCAAAUUGAAAACAUUACAGUCGGCGAAAAGGCGCCACAGGCUUCUACUUCGUUCAACAAAUCUGUUAAUCAGAGUUCCCCACAAGAAUUAAGUCCAGACCCAACUACGAGCCUGUCUGCUCCUUACAUUGCCAUGAAGCCGGAACACCGUAGAUAUGCGCUGGUUAUUAGCCAUGCCAUCGAUGAGCCGCAUUUGGACUAUAAUCGUCUAAUGAAACAUUUCUAUGAGCUAUUUGAGUUCUCUCAGAGUUGUAAUCGUUUAAACUUUAGUGAAUAUGCCACAAUAACGGCUUACGACGACAAAUUGUGGAUGCUUUGUGAGGAUGAUGAUACGUGCGACUGGAUUGCCACAGGUGUCCGCACUAUGAACUCAUAUAAAUGUUUCAGUUUUAUCAAGUAUUUCGCACUGUUGAAGUGUAGUAUGGUGCUGCCGCAAGUUGCUGAAGGAAAGGAGCUGAUGAAUAUUUUUCAUCUGCUCGAACUGCAGAAUCAGGGCCUUAGCACGAAUAAGUGGUGCGUAAUGGAUCGCUCUGUGCUCGAUCCGGAGUCGGAGGAGUUUGCCAGCAAAUCCGUAACCAGUUUGUGCAAAAAUGAACAGCUUAUUCUGUAUGUGGAUCGGGAGAGCAAGUGUUUUAUACAAGAGCAUUGCUUCAAACUCAAGUAUUGCUUCUGGAAGCUGACUUUUGAGUUUUAAAUUUAUUUGAGUGCAGUCAAAUUAUCAUAUUUAGUAAUUGAAUUACAAACGAGUUGAAACAUAUAAACUUGAAUAAAUACCCCAUUUUCGAGAUGA